AUGUGUCAGUAUUACGCCCACGCCUUCACCUGCAAACACCUCUCCUUCACCUUCGCGCGCUUCUGCCAGCCUGCCAGCCUCAUCCAGAAGCCCUGUGCCAAGCGCCAGGUCUGGCAAACGAUCGGCCUCGACGACGCGUGCGAGGAGUGCUUGACCUGGUUUCCUGAUCGGUACCCGUGCCCGAGGGCGCGGUGUUAG